CGUGUUCUGUUUAAAAGUUUUAUAAGUUUAAAGUUCAAUAUUUUUUUUUCUAUUGUAUGAAGUUUCGAUCAUUAAACUAGUUGGUGGUAUUUAUUGGAUUUCAGUAUACCAAAUUAACAAAAAUGCAUUUUGCUCAGAAAUAUCUGGAAAAGUUACCCAUAUAUCAAAGAAAUGUCCAAACAACUACAGUUAACAAGAUGAAUGUAGUAAUAUAUUGUAAUUAUUACAGCUUUUAUUCCCAAAAGGUAUUAAUGGCACUUUAUGAAAAAAAUGUAGAUUUCGUACCCUUUGUGGUAGAUAUAACAAAAGGUGAACAAUAUUCCUCAUGGUUUCUUGAAAUAAACCCCCGAGGGGAAAUACCUGUUCUAAAAGUAAAGGAUGAAAUUAUAUCGGAUUCUACAAGGAUUAUGGAUUACUUAGAAUUAUACUUAGAUUCAGGGCUUCCACCUCUGAUCAAUGUAUCAACAGAUGAAAAGGUUUUAAAUAACAUUAAUAAAUAUAGAGAACUUAUAGAAGCAUUGCCGGUAGGAGUAAUCACAGUGGGAUCAUUUUUUCAUCCUCAUUUAUGUGGACGCCCAAAGUUGCCAUUUGUUCAGCCUGUAAGGGAAGUUCUAAAAACUGGAGACUUAGGUAGUUCUAAGAAUCUGAGAAAACUUGCUGUGGAAAAUCCUAAGGCCCGAGGAAUAUUAUUGUACAAAGCUGAAAUCCAAGACAAGAAACAUGAAAUAUUAGCAAAUGAAGAAGAGUAUUUGAAAGUACUGAAUGUUGUUGAUGAUGUAUUUUCUCUUAUAGAAAAUGAAUUGCAAAACCAAAAUGAAGGUAACUGGUUAUGUUGUGAAAAAUUCAGUAUAGCAGAUGUUAACUUGGCUAUUUUAUUGCAAAGGCUUUGGGAACUUGGACUUGAAGAUAGAUUUUGGACUGGCGGUAAACGUCCACAUAUAACAAACUACUUUUAUCGUGUUAAGCAAAGAGAUUCGUUUAAGCAAACUAUUCCUAACUUACUAUUUCACAUAAAGAUGAUAAUUUCAUCACAACCUCCAGCUUAUUUAGGGGCAGCUGGUGCAGCCUCCAUUGGUGUAGUUGCUGCAUUUGUUUAUAUCAUUAGAAAAAUAACCUCCUAGAUUAUUUCCAUAUAUGUUAGGUGCAUAUAUUAUGAUUUUAUUUAGAUGGGUCUUAUAAUAUGUUACAUAGAGAUGCAAAAAUAUUUGUUGAUUAAUUUAGAUUCGUUUAUUUUUUUUAGAUUUAGGUUAGAAUUAGACUAUAUAAUGAUAUGAUCUUCAUAGGAAUCACUAUGUAUAAAAACGAACAGUAUUAAAUAUAGAUUAGACAUAUAUUUAUAGAUGACUAGUUAACAAUUUAAAUAAUCUUAGUUACCUAUUUAAAGUGUAUAUAAAGUAAAAAAUAUUGUGCCUAAUACAAAAUAUUACAAGUUAUUUGUUGAAAUAAUUAUUUUGUGAUCUGUGUAAAUAUAUAGAUAAUUUUUAUUGAAUAGCUAAUGCCAUUAAACAAGCAUAUGUAAUAUUUUGUGAGUAUAAUAGAAUCGAAUAAAAUAAGGUGUAAAUUGAUUUACCCAGAUAAUAUUAGGUCUGAUUCUUACGCUAUUUAUCUACCGCAUAUCGAAUCUAGUGUGAAUAUAAAGUGAUAGAUAGGUCUGAUUCUAAAUAUAAUUAUGUAGAUGCUUUUUAUAUUAUGUGACACUUGAAAUUAGUAGGUAUUGUUUAUAUUACAUACCUAUCCUUCACACUUUUAGGACACCAUCUAAUAUAACAUAUACAUUUGUUUACAAUAUCUUUUUUCCCGUUAUUACUGACAAUCAUACAUAUAACUACUACAGGUCUUGUGAAACAAUAAUUAACUCAGAACAAUAACUAUUGUUCUGGGAUAAUUUCAAUGUCUUUUUUUCAAAUUGACAUGUUAUGAUAAUCUGGUAGGUACUUACAUAUAGAAUUAAAGAAUAUAAUAUAAAAUGCUUUUAAUGUUAGAUGGUAUAUAAAAUAAAAAUUUAAUAGAAAUUUUAAAUUAAGAUAACAUUGUAUUAAUAGAAUAUUUAGGGUCAAAAGUUGAGUGAUGUUUGUUGCUGACACACAGCCUAAUGCUAAUUGU